AUGAAACUUAUGACGCGCCGCGACGUCCAUUGUCGCAGUCCACAGUACUCGAAUCUUGUCGAAGACCUAAUGAGACGCCUGAGGGGUAUUAUUCAUAGCACAUAUAUCUUACGUGAUUUUAUACCGCUCAAUCUCUUCAUGUUGGACAAUCGGCAUGUGAAGAACACCAUUGUAAUGCUGGUACAACAAGUUUACGAUUUCGUCAUUGACUACUACAAAGCUGUGAAUAUAAAUGAAAAUCGCGCCAUUUGCGAUGCACUAGAGGAAAUGUCCAUGAAAGCUGGCGAACGACCGGAGGAGACACCAGAGGUGGUCGCUUUGCAAAACUACUUAACCGAGUGCCGUGAUGAGAAAAUAUUUGCAAUAAAGGAUGAAAUUAAAAUAGUGUCGCGACGUGUAAUUUUCCUGCUAACACAUACAAUAUUGGAUAGUAAGUAUAGUAGAUUAGUUGUUUAG